CUGAACAGGGUGUGAAGAUCAGAAACCGCCAAAAUGUCUGAGGGAAAGAAGAUGACAUCCAGCCGCAGGCAUCAUCUGAAGAGUUUGAUGCUUCAGAUCGCUGCCAACUGGAUCGAGCAGGAGAAGAAGGAGAUCGAGGCGGCGAAGGAGGCCUACAUGGCUGAGAACUGCCCCUCCCCCGACCUCAACGGCGACCAGGCCGCCCUCAUGGAAAUCUGCAAGAAGCUCCAGGCCGCCAUCGACAAGAUCGACGAGGCGAGGUACGACGCUGAGGCCAAAGUGCAGAAGGCCGACAAAGAGAUUGAGGAUCUGAAGCUGAAGGUGGUGGAGCUGGCCGGAGUGAAGAAACCCGCCCUGAAGAAAGUGCGUAUGUCCGCUGACGCCAUGCUGCAGGCUCUGCUGGGAGGAAAACACAAGGUGACCAUGGACCUGAGAGCCAACCUGAAGCAGGUCAAGAAGGAGGUGAAGGAGGAGUCGACAGAGGCGGUCGGCGACUGGCGUAAAAACAUUGAGGAUAAGGCCGACAGGAAGAAGAUGUUCGAGACGUCCUAAAACUUUCCUGAAGAGGCGAGGACGACGGCGGGGACGAUGGCGGGGAGACGUUUCUGCCGAGGUCUGAGUGACUGAAUGUGUCUCUGUGUUCCAGCAGGACACACAGGGACAA